CCAGGGCCGGCCCGCGGGAUCAGCACAGCCCGGCCCGCGGCCCCGGCGGCCAGCGGGGACUAUGAACCGGAAAGCGCGGCGCUGCCUCGGCCACCUCUUUCUCAGCCUGGGCAUGGUCUACCUCCGGAUCGGUGGCUUCUCCUCGGUGGUAGCUCUGGGCGCGAGCAUCAUCUGUAACAAGAUCCCAGGCCUGGCUCCCAGACAGCGGGCGAUCUGCCAGAGCCGGCCCGACGCCAUCAUCGUCAUAGGAGAAGGCUCGCAAAUGGGCCUGGACGAGUGUCAGUUUCAGUUCCGCAAUGGCCGCUGGAACUGCUCGGCGCUGGGGGAGCGCACCGUCUUCGGAAAGGAGCUCAAAGUGGGGAGCCGGGAGGCCGCCUUCACCUACGCCAUCAUCGCAGCCGGCGUGGCCCACGCCAUCACUGCUGCCUGCACCCAGGGCAACCUGAGCGACUGCGGCUGCGACAAGGAGAAGCAAGGCCAGUACCACCGGGACGAGGGCUGGAAGUGGGGUGGCUGCUCUGCCGACAUCCGCUACGGCAUCGGCUUCGCCAAGGUCUUUGUGGAUGCCCGGGAGAUCAAGCAGAAUGCCCGGACUCUCAUGAACUUACACAAUAACGAGGCAGGCCGAAAGAUCCUGGAGGAGAACAUGAAGCUGGAGUGUAAGUGCCACGGCGUGUCGGGCUCAUGCACCACCAAGACCUGCUGGACCACGCUGCCGCAGUUCCGCGAGCUGGGCUACGUGCUCAAGGACAAGUACAACGAGGCUGUUCACGUGGAGCCCGUGCGCGCCAGCCGCAACAAGCGGCCCACCUUCCUGAAGAUCAAGAAGCCACUCUCCUACCGCAAGCCCAUGGACACCGACCUGGUGUACAUUGAGAAGUCGCCCAACUACUGCGAGGAGGACCCGGUGACGGGCAGCGUGGGCACGCAGGGCCGUGCCUGCAACAAGACGGCCCCCCAGGCCAGCGGCUGUGACCUCAUGUGCUGCGGCCGCGGCUACAACACCCACCAGUACGCCCGCGUGUGGCAGUGCAACUGCAAGUUCCACUGGUGCUGCUACGUCAAGUGCAACACGUGCAGCGAGCGCACCGAGGUCUACACGUGCAAGUGA